AUGGAUGAGCUUACCACAUUGAUCGGGAGCCAGCAAAGCUACAGAGACGCCAGUCUGCUUAUCUUCACCGAGACGUGGCUAACCAGCUACAUACUGGAUGGUAACGUGGACCUGCCCGGCUACUUCGCUGUGGGUCAGGUGUGCAGGCUGUCCACGGAGUCGUUGCUGCGCCGCUGUCGGACGCCGGAUGGCAAAAUAUGCAGUGGAAGGGGCAAGUGCGACUGUGGCAUCUGCAUCUGUGAGACCAAAGGUCCAGGAAGGUUCUACGGUCCACGCUGCGAGUGCCAUGACUGGGUUUGUCCAACGUAUGAUGGGCUAAUUUGCAAUGAUCGCGGUUACUGUGACUGUGGGAUGUGUGAGUGCGAUGAUGGCUGGUUUGGAGAAAUGUGCCAGUUUAAAGAGGAGUGUAGCCUGUCUAAAAAGAAGAGCAAAGAACUCUGCAAAAACCAUCAAGGGGUGGUCUGCUCUAACAGAGGAACCUGCCACUGUGGAAGCUGCAUGUGUGGCAAUAAUGAUAACAAGAAUCUGAUAACCGGACGCUUCUGUGAAUGUGAUGACAGCGAAUGUUUGGACGAGGACACGGGAGAGGUUUGUGGAGGCCAUGGCAAGUGUUACUGUGGAAACUGUUACUGUGCUGCUGGUUGGCAUGGAGACAAAUGCGAGUUUCAGUGUGACAUCAGCCCUUGGGAAAGCAAGCGGAGGUGCAUAUCCCCAGAUGGCAAAAUCUGCAGCAACAGAGGGACAUGUGUUUGUGGGGAGUGUACCUGCUAUGAUGUGGAUCCCUCUGGUGACUGGGGGGACAUUCAUGGAGACACUUGUGAGUGCGAUGAGAGGAACUGCCAUGCAACAUAUGAUCGAUACACAGAUGAUUACUGCUCAGGUCAUGGUCAGUGUAAUUGCGGAAGGUGUGACUGCAAGGAUGGCUGGACAGGAAAGAAGUGUGAGCAUCUUUUGAGUUGUUCGUUGUCUUUGGAGAGCAGUCUGAAGAAAUGCAGAGGAGCAUCAAAUUUACCCUGCAACGGACGAGGUCAAUGCCAGUGUGGACAGUGCACUUGCCACCCACCGGGGGACAAUCGAGUUCAUGGCAAAAACUGUGAGUGUGAUGACCGUCAGUGUGAAGACAUGAGUGGAGAGGUUUGUAAAGGUCACGGUUUCUGUUCAUGUGGACGCUGCAUCUGUGGAGAGGGAUGGUUUGGAAAACAAUGCCAAUUCCUGAGGUCUUGUGACAUGAGUGACACCCAGAGCAAGGAGCUUUGCGAGACAGCAGAUGGAGUCCUUUGCAGUGGAAAAGGUUCCUGUCACUGUGGUCAAUGCAUCUGCUCUCCCCAAGAGUGGUGGAUAUCGGGAAAUUACUGUGAAUGUGACGACCGAGAGUGUGACAAACAUGAUGGCCUCAUCUGUACAGGGAACGGACUGUGUAACUGCGGCAACUGUGAGUGCUGGGAAGGAUGGACAGGGAAUGCAUGCGAAAUCUGGGUGGGAGCAGAGUACUGA